AUGACUCCUUCUAGAAUUUUGCUUUUUCUGCAUGGAUCCCGUCUUUGCGUGCCUACUUUCCGGAAAGGCAAUUUUGUGCUCUCGGCACUCCGCUAUGUCAAGGAUGUGGAUGAUUUUCAAGACAAGAUCGAUAGAGAAACGCCUGAAAAACAGCUAGCCACCAAGCUUAUGGAGGGUAUAGCGGAACGGAAAGAGCUUCUUCAGCUCCUUUCGCUUUUCCACGGAGAAUUGGCCAGAAUAGGCAUCACGCCCGAAUCGAAACAUCACGAACCCACUCUGGCACUUAUAUGGCGCUACAGAAUGGCAUAUUUGACCAAAUUGGCUAGGGUCCAUAACAUCUUUUGGGACUCGUGCCAGCAAGAAGGCUUAUCGGAGCGGAGUCACAAGCUCGGGUUUCAUCCAAAGCAUAUCGGGGUGUUGGACCCUGUACACUAUAGAGAGCACUACGAGCAACUACAGCUGGGACAAUUGGGUGAAGUGGUUUUCCGAGACGUUGAAGUGAUCGGCAAGAGGUUGAUAGGUAAAUAA